AUGUGGACUCAGGUUGUGGGCUCCUGCAAACCUAUUGUGGACUGCAGCCUGUUUUGUUAUGGAGAAAGGAUUCAGCGCCCAGGAAUGCUAGACACUGGAGCAGAUGUUACCAUCAUCGCCUGCUCCGAGUGGCCAGACAAUUGGGAAUUACAACCUGUAGCAGGCAUGAUUUCAGGAAUUGGAGGCAUGACAGCUUCCAUGAGGAGCAAACGGAAUAUUGUCAUCGAAGGACCUGAGGGACAAAUGGCAACCAUCAGGCCAUUUGUGGGAUUUUUAGUCGGGGUCACUGAGAAGCGCGCGACACCUACCAUCCCCCAACUCACCUGGAAACAGCACCAUCCAGUGUGGGUUGAUGAGUGGCCCCUAUCUGAGACCAAACUGCGCGCACUGGAAGCCCUUGUGGAAGAGCAGCUUGCCAAGGGCCACAUCACUGAGUCCAACAGCCCUUGGAACUCGCCUGUCUUUGUCCUACGCAAACCAGGCAAGGACAGGUGGAGACUCCUUCAUGACCUCCGGAAGAUCAACGAUGUCAUUGAAGACAUGGGACCCCUCCAGCCUGGCAUGCCCUCCCCUUCUAUGCUCCCUCGGGACUGGAAGCUGGCUGUCAUUGACAUCAAGGACUGUUUUUUCAACGUACCACUCCAUCCUCGGAACGCUCCCAGAUUUGCAUUCUCGGUUCCCUCUCCAAACAGACAAGCACCUUUAAAAAGAUACCAUUGGCUAGUCCUUCCUCAGGGGAUGAAAAAUUCUCCUACCAUCUGCCAAUGGUACGUGGCCCACAUCCUGUCACCUGUGAGGGCCCUGUUCCCAGAUGCCAUCAUCCUCCACUACAUGGAUGACAUCCUGGUUUGUGCUGCUGACGAUGACUAUCUGCACCGGACUUUACAAAAAACUAUCCAGACAAUUGAGGACGCUGGAUUGGAGAUCCGUGAGGACAAGAUCCAGCACACCUGCCCUUGGACCUACCUGGGACUCCAGAUCCGUGAGCGGACCAUCGUGCCCCAGCAGCUGACCAUCAAAGACGACCCCAAGACCCUAUGGGACCUACAUCAGCUCUGUGGGUCCAUCAACUGGAUACGCCCUCUGCUUGGGGUAACAACAGAAGUCCUUGCACCCCUCUUCAACCUGCUUCGUGGCAGCGAGGCCCUCGACUCACCACGCUCCCUCACACCGGAGGCCCGGGAAUCCAUCACCGAGGUCCAGGAGCCCCUGUCUUCGUGGCAAGCCCACCGGUAUGGGCCCAGCCUGCCCUUCCAGCUGGUUAUCCUGGGUAAGGCCCCGCACUUAAAUGCGCUCAUUUUUCAAUGGGACACUGCAUUGAAGGAUCCUCUCCUUAUCAUCGAGUGGAUCUUUACACAUAACCAGCCCACUAAGACUAUUACCACCCCACAGGAAAUCAUGGCUGAACUCAUUAAAAGAGCUAGAGUCCGUCUCCGCACUCUUGCAGCCUGUGAGUUCACCUGCAUCUUCCUCCCAUUGGCAACUGGAAGUUUGGAGCCUUUGCUCCAAACCAAUGAGAGCCUUCAGUUUGCUCUCGAUAGCUAUUCAGGCCAAAUUUCUAUAUACCCACCUGGCCACAGACUUUUCAAAACCACAUUUAAUUUGGUCCCCAAAUCAUUACAGAGCAAAACACCCCUCCAGGCCCUGACGGUUUUCACAGAUGGCUCAGGGAAAUCCCACAAGUCAGUCAUGACUUGGAAGGACCCCAGGACACAGAAAUGGGAGUCUGAUGUCCAAGUGGUCGAGGGAUCACCACAGAUUGCUGAGUUAGCAGCCGUUGUCAGAGCUUUUGAGAAAUUCCAAGAACCUUUCAAUCUGGUGACUGAUUCGGCUUAUGUGGCUGGAAUAGCUAUGAGAGCAGAACAUGCAUUUCUAAAAGAAGUCUCUAACCCAAAUUUAUACAAAUUGCUUUCUGAAUUAGUAUAUCUUAUCUCCCACAGAAAGCAACCUUACUAUGUCAUGCAUGUGAGGGCACACACUGACCUCCCAGGUGCCAUUGCCGAAGGAAACAGGAGGGCAGACGACUUAGCCAUGCCUGCUGGAGCAGCCAAUGUCCCUGACAUUUUCACACAAGCGAAAUUGUCCCACCAGUUCUUCCACCAGAACGUGCCUGCACUGAUGAGAAUGUUCAGACUACCCAGAGACCAGGCUAGAGCAAUAGUUGCCACCUGUCCUAAUUGUCAAUCUUUCCAAAUACCAGUUGUUAACUCCGGGGUUAACCCCCGAGGACUUAACAGCUGCCAGAUAUGGCAAACCGAUGUCACUCACGUCCCGUCCUUUGGGAGAGUCAAAUACGUACAUGUCUCCCUAGACACCUUCUCUGGUGCAGUGUUUGCCUCAGCCCACGCAGGAGAAAAUGCCAAGCACACCAUCCGACAUUUUCUCCUUGCUUUUGCUACCCUGGGAGUCCCAGAACAAAUUAAAACAGACAAUGGACCUGCUUACACCUCUCACAAAUUAAGAGACUUUUUCAAUGAGUGGGGAGUGAAACACACCACGGGCAUUCCUCAUUCCCCCACAGGGCAAUCAAUAGUAGAGAGAACCCACCAAAACCUGAAAAGUGUCCUUGAUCACCAGCGGGGAGGAACAGAGGUCAUUCCUCCCAUUGAGAGGCUCUGUAAGGCUCUAUAUGUCAUGAACUUUCUAAAUUGCUCAUCUACAGAGCCUGACCCCCCUGUCCAGAAAAACAGCAGCCCACUGCAGCCUGGAAGCGGAGACGUCAUCGGAGUCCACCGAACCGACCUGCCACCAGACCAACAACCAGAGGCCAAACCGUCCUGCUACCAGGGCUGCAACGAGACAACUGCCAACGUCACGCCUGACACCGUGACAAAAAUGGAGAGCAAAACCAUCCUUGAGUUCCUGAUGUUCCUGAUUAUCUGUAUGCUCCUGAAAACAUCAGCUGUGGAUGCCUGGCUAGUAGCACAGCCCCAGGAGAACGUGUGGAUCACCCUCGCAAAGACGGUCCAACAAGACCACAUGUGCUUGUCCAUGGGCAGCGCCACCAACCCUCUAGACCUUUUGCUCCUGGCCUAUGGACACGGCUGCGAGGAAUUUAAUAGACUGUGCUGCUUUAACCUCUCCAGCCCCAGUGAAGGCAUCCACGCCCACAUCCAGAGACCCCAACACGCGGUCCAGGAACUCCAGACUGAAAAGGAGCCCCAGGGGCUUGAGGACCUUUUUGGGAGCUAA